AUGGGCAAGAUUGUCUUCUACGAGGAGAGGAACUUUCAGGGCCGCAAUUAUGAAUGCAUGAGUGACUGCAGCGACAUCUCGUCCUACCUGAGCCGCGUUAGCUCGAUCAGGGUGGAGAGCGGCUGCUUCAUGGUGUAUGAGAGCAACAGCUUCAUGGGUAACCAGUUCUUCCUGAGGAGAGGCGAGUACUAUGACAUCCAACGAAUGGUGGGCAUGGGUAUGAUGUUUGAUACCAUCAGAUCCUGCCGCAUGAUUCCUCAGCACAGAGGACCCUUCAGAAUAAGGAUCUAUGAGAGGGAAAGUUUUGCAGGACAGAUGAUGGAGCUAAUGGAUGACUGUGACUCCAUAAUGGACCGCUUCCGCAUGUCUGACUGCCAGUCUUGUCAUGUCUUGGAUGGCCACUGGCUUAUGUACGAGCAGCCCCACUACAGAGGCCGGAUGAUAUAUGUGAGGCCUGGCGAGUACAGGAGCUUGAGGGAAGUCAUGGGAAUAGGCACCAUGAGAAUCACGAGCAUGAGGCGAAUCACUGACAUGUGCUAA